AUGCAUAGUCCUUCCAUGGCACCAACGGACGGAGCUGCAGCGCCGGCGAUGCUGCAAUUCCUCCUCUUCACAUACCUCAUCAUCGCCACCUGCAGCGGCGAACAGGGAGCAAAUCUUGAAGGAAUUUCUGGUGUGCCUAUAGCCAUCCCGAUGCCCACGCCAGCAAUCGCAGCUGACUCACCUAACCAAUUCCGUGGCAAGCUUCGACUCCCGCGCUUUGCUAUGCCAACCCACUAUAAGCUCCAUUUCCACCCCAACCUCGUCUCCUCAACAUUUUCUGGUGUGGUGUCAAUUAAUGUCUUUGUUUUAGCACCCACUCGUUUCCUUGUGCUAAAUGUUGUGGAACUCACAAUUGACCAUGCUUCUAUCCACUUCAAGCAUUUGGCGCCAACCGACGUGGUGUUCUUCAAGGACGAUCAGAUUAUGGUACUCGGGUUUCGUAAAGAUCUUCCACUAGGCGAAGGUGUGCUAAGGAUGCACUUCAAUGGCACACUUAGUGAUCAGAUGAGGGGAUUUCAGAGAGGUAAAUACCAGUAUAAGGGGGAGAUGGCAUACAUGGCAUACACAGUGUUUGAGUCCGUGCAUGCACGGCGGUGUUUCCCCUGUUGGGAUGAACCUGAUUUCAAGGCGAAGUUCAAACUAAGUUUAGAAGUUCAUUCUGACUUGGUAGCUCUAUCCAACACGCCUGUACUUGGUGAGACGGUUGAUGGUUCUAUCAAGAAUGUCCAUUUUGAGGAAUCACCCCUCAUGUCAACUUAUUUAGUUGCCAUGGUUGUUGGUCUUUUUGAGUUUGUAGAGGGUGUGACAUCACAGGGUAUCAAAUCCACCUUUGUUAUCGCAUUCACAUCAUACAUUCAAAUGUGA